CUCCCUUACGUACAUACAUACACAUACACAGCAGCGGCGCAGCUGUCGAGGCCAUCAGCCGGCAACAAUGGACCAGAGCUGCGCAGCUCAAUCGGCGAGCAAGAUCCGUGAGAUCCGCAGAGAGCAGAGAGCUGAUGGCCCGGCUGCCAUCAUGGCCAUCGGAACCGCUAAUCCUCCCAACGUCAUCGACCAGGUCAACUUCGCCGACUUCUACUUCAGGAUGACGAGCAGCGAAGACAAACAGGAGCUCAAAGAGAAGUUUAAGCUCAUCUGCGAUCGCACGACGGUGAAGAAUCGGUACGCCCACCUGACCGAGGAAAUCGUGGAACAGAACCCCAACCUGCGCAACCCCACGGCGCCAUCCCUCGAGACUCGCCUGCGCAUCAUGAUCGAGGCGGUACCCAAUUUGGGGAAGGAAGCAGCCGCCAAAGCGCUCAAGGAAUGGGGCCAGCCCAAGUCCAUGAUCACCCACCUCGUCUUCUGUUCCGGCGCUGGCGUCGACAUGCCCGGCGCGGACUACCAGCUAGUCAAGCUCCUCGGCCUCUCGCCCUCCGUCAAGCGGGUCAUGCUGUACCACCUCGGCUGCUACGGCGGCGGCACCGUGCUCCGCGUCGCCAAGGACCUCGCGGAGAACAAUAGAGGCGCCCGUGUGUUGGUGGUCAACGUCGAGAUCACCACCGUGAGCGCUUUCCGAGCCCCGGACGAGGCCCACCUCGAUAGCCUCGUCGGCCAAGCUCUCUUCGGCGAUGGCGCGGCAGCGUUGAUCGUGGGGGCCGACCCGAUCCAGGGCGUCGAGAAACCGAUCUUCGAGAUGGCAAUAGCGACACAGACGCUGCUGCCGGAGAGCGAAGGCAAGAUAGGAGGGCAGCUCAAGGAAUCGGGCCUCGCCAUCCACCUGCACCGGGACGUCCCCAAGAUCAUCUCCAAGAACAUCGAGGACGCCCUAAUGGACGCGUUCAAACAGUUGGGCAUCUCGGACUGGAACUCCUUGUUCUGGGUGGCGCACCCCGGCGGUCCAGCCAUCCUCAACCACGUGGAGACGAAGCUGAAGCUGGAGCCGAAGAAGCUGCAGGUGACGAGGCGCGUGCUGCGAGAGUUCGGGAACAUGUCGAGCGCCACCGUGUUCUUCGUGCUGGACGAGACGAGGAAGCAGUCAGCGACGGAGGGGUGGGCGACGACCGGCCAGGGGCUGGAGUGGGGAGUGCUCUGCGGACUCGGACCGGGGAUCACCGUGGAGACUGUGGUGCUCCGCAGCGUGCCUCUGUGACACCUCCUUCCUACCCCGGCGCUGUGGUGCGACUACACACAUGAUAUGACGUGAUGCCAUGGGUAUUAUUCUCGUCUAAGUUUUUAUGGUCAAAGAAUAAAGGUCCACUUUGCGGGCCUCGUGGUCCCCUUAGCA